CAGAAAUCUACGUUGGAAAGAUCUGUACCGGGAAGGUCAUCAACGAUGAAUCUAUGCUUGGAAUUGCAAAGAUUGGGCCGUCAAGGAAUGCGACGCACACAUCAUCUCCAUGUCUUUCGGCUUCGAAGAUGAAAAUGAUGUGAUCGAUGCGGCUGUAGACAACACCGUUAAUGCUGGCAAACUUAUCAUCGCCGCGGCUUCAAAUAACGGUAGUCUCUCCGGACGUGCCAGGCCAGCCCGUAAAGACGGGGUAAUCUGCAUCCACGCCACGGAUGGGAAGGGCAACAAAGGCGGCAUGAACCCUUCUCCUCAGUCCAAAACAGAUAAUUUUGCCACGAUAGGCGUGGCAGUUCCAUGUAAGUGGAAAGGUAAGGACAUGUGGAAGUCGGGCACCUCCUUUGCUGUGCCCAUUGCAGCGGGUUUCGCUGCAGGUUCGCGAGGUAUAGAUGCAAUCUCACGUCUAGGAAGCUCAAGAUUCUGCGACAAAAAUAGGGCACGCAGGUCAUUUUUCGGAAGAUGGCAGAGAUGAGGGAUGGCUAUGACUUUAUUCACCCCGUGCGCCUGUGGAAAGACUGACAGGAUACGAAAACAGAGAAACAGUCUGAAAAUUAUUGGGCAUGCCAUGGAGGAGCUCUAACAUAGUGCAAAGCCGGAAUCUAAUUGAGGGAUUUAUUCACGUACAUUCUCAACGGCUCCCGGAUUCUCCGUUGUUUGGUUUAUUACAUUUGGUAGCUGGCCCUGGCCAUAGUUGAGGCUGCUCGCAAUUUUGAGGGAACCUUGUAGGAGCGUCAAACCUAUCGAUGCAUCCGUGCCAUCCUCCGCUCCCCCACUCCUCGUGGUCAU